AAGUGGAGCAGAAAAGCAGAGAAUAAUGAUUCAUGGGAGAAAGAAAAGCAUGAUGAGUAACUCACUGACAUCGCAAACCGAGCCCUACUCCUGCCCCUCCUUCAACUGGCAGGGACAGCAGAAAUUACAGAUAGAACAAAGGGGUGUAGAGGAAGAAAGGAGUGCAAACCCUCUCCUUUCUGUUCUCUAGACCUUUUUGUUUGGUUGGUUGGUUUUUGCCAGCUGAGUUCGUUUGUUCUUUAGCUUUAGAGGUUUUGUUGAGUUAGAUCUUGAGGUUUAUGGAAGACUUUUGGCAAGCCAACAACAAAAUUGGAGCUGAUGGUUUCAUGGCGGCGGCCAGUGAUCGGUGGUCUCCUCUCUGUCUGAUUUCCUUCGCCAGAAGCCAAACGAAGCAAUUGUGAGAGAGAAAGCUACAAAUCGAGCUAGAUGAAAGCACCGGCCUUUUCGUCGUCACCGCCGUCGCCGCCGCAGCAACAGCCAGGCCCGCCGUCAGCGGCUGUUUCACAGUCCGCUGCUCCUCCCAAGAAGAAGAGGAACCUCCCUGGAAACCCAAAUCCCGGCGCGGAGGUGAUCGCAUUGUCGCCCAAAACCCUACUGGCGACCAGCCGCUUCGUCUGCCAAGUGUGCGGCAAGGGGUUCCAGCGGGAGCAGAACCUGCAGCUCCACCGGCGCGGCCACAACCUGCCGUGGAAUCUGAAGCGGAAGAGCCCGGACGAGCGGCGGCGCGUGUACCUCUGCCCUGAGCCGACGUGCGCCCACCACGACCCCUCCCGAGCCCUCGGCGACCUCACCGGCGUCAAGAAGCACUACUGCCGCAAGCACGGCGAGAAGAGGUGGAAAUGCGACCAGUGCUCCAGGCGUUACGCCGUGCUGUCGGACUGGAAGGCCCACGCCAAGAUCUGCGGCACCCGCGAGUAUCGCUGCCACUGCGGCAUCCUCUUCUCCAGGAGAGACAGCUACAUCACCCACAGAGCCUUCUGCGAUGCACUGGCGCAAGAAAACGCGAGGCUUCCUCCAGCGACCGGAAUGAGCGGCGCCGCCAUCAGCGGCCACUUGUACGCAAACAAAGGCGUAAGCUACCUCGGCCUCCCGCAGUUCAACUCCCAUCUCCCGGCCGCCGGAGGUAGCACCAAUACCCACGAGCAAUCAUUCAACGUCGACGUCCCUCAUCUCGACACCGCCUCCUUCCGGCCACUCCCGCGCUCUUCCCAUGGUCAACCAUACCUCGCCGGCGAAGGCAGGUACGAUGAUCUCCAUGGAUUCAACUUCGAGGAUCCUCCUCCGUUGCUCGAAGGCGCCCAAUUUGGCUUCGGCGCCUCGUCGUCGUCCGGGAAUAAUUAUUUCAACAAGAACCUCAAUUUCUUCCCGACCGCCGGCAAGAAUGAGGAAGAUCAGAGUGGCGGCGGCCAUCUCGUGGGACCGGCGCCGGGAGGAGGCAACGACGCCACCGCCAUGCCAUUACUCCUCGCCAGCGAGCUAAUGGGCCACCAAGCAAUCGCCGGCUCCAACAUGUCGAUGACGCCAUCGCUCUACGACCCCGGCCCGUCUUUGCCGCAGUCGUCGGCCACCGUGACGCUCCGGAAGGCUGCCCAAUUGGGCGCCACGUCCAGCUUCACCGGUGGUAUCGGUGGUGGAUCCCUCAGAAGCAAUGAGAGGCAGUACCAAAAGACCAUGAAUUCGCUGGGCGGCGGCGAGUUCUCCUCCGACCAUCUAAUGGCUGCUGGCGGGUUCCGCCUGGCAAUGCAACCGGACGACGUGGAGAAGGAGAAAUUGAGCACAAGGAACUUCCUCGCGUCGGCGGCACCUUGAACGCACUGGGCGAUCAUACCUCCGGCGACAACUCCGUCGGACAAAACUACCGUCAAGGAAUCAAUCUCGACUGAGAUGCAUAUUAUUCAUAUUCCACGGCUUCCAAACAGACCUCCACAAAAAUCACCACCAUUAACAGAAGUUUCAUCCAACCGGAGAUCGAUCGGUGACGGGAGAUUGCAGCAAG